CCAUAGCAUCUCUCCAUCAUCUCCCUUUUUUUUAUCUUCUUCCAACGUAUGCCCAAAACCCCACCAAACCCUAGCUUCUGCCCUUUCUCUCUCUCUCUCUGCCCUGCAUUUCCCCUGCAUUUCCCUUCAUUUCUCUCCUACCUCUCUUCAAAGGACUUCUCUGGCCAUAAAAGCUCUACUUCUCUUCGAUUUCUUCUUAUUUUCGCUCUUCAUUUCAUUGAUUUCUCGCAUUUCCACGGAAUUUCAACGUUUGAUCGCCUUCGAGAAGGAUCCUGAGAUCGUACUCGCAGAAUCUCCGUCCCAGCUACGGAGAAUCAGAUCAUCUGAAGUGCAAGACCACAGUUUACUUGCAAGUGUGAUGGAUUGCACUUCGGAAGAAGAUUCUGAAAUAAGCGAGUCUGAAAUAGCUGACUUUGAAAUGAAAAUAUACAACCAACUGAAGAAUGGAAAGCAUAAAGUUAGAUAUUCUGAUGUCAUUUUUAGAUGCCCUUUCUGUAUGGGCAAGAGAAAACAAGAUUAUCGGUAUAAAGAUCUCCUUCAACACGCCACAGGUGUAGGUGCCUCUAAUCGAAGGGGCAAAGAAAAGGGAAACCACUUAGCAUUGGCGAGGUUUUUGACCACAGAUCUAGCUAAUGGAGGACUACCGCAACCAACUGUCAAGGCGGAACCUCCUACUAAGAUCGAGCACGAUGAUCAGUUUGUCCAUCCUUGGAUGGGCAUAAUUGUGAACCUCCCAACUGAGUUGAAGGAUGGCAAAUAUGUUGGGGAAGGCGCAUCAAAGCUGAAGGAUCAGUAUUCUAAGUAUCACCCCUUAAAGGUUCAUGCACUGUGGAACUAUAGAGGCCACACAGGAACAGCCAUUGUAGAUUUCAGAAAAGAUUGGAGUGGAUUCAAGGAUGCUAUGGCAUUCGAAAAUUCCUUUGAAGCAGAUCGUUGCGGUAAAAAAGAUUGGCUUGAAAAGAAGAAUCAUGGAUCCACUGUAUUUGGGUGGAUUGCACGUGCUGAUGAUUACAAUGCCGAGGGUUUGAUAGCGGACCAUCUAAAAAAGAAUGGUGAUCUGAAAACAGUCUCUGCCCUAGAGAAAGAAGAGUCCCAGAAGAAUGAGAAACUUGUGAAAAAUCUUGCUAAUGAAAUAGAUGUGAAGAAUAAACAUCUCAAAGAGCUAGAGUGCAAGUAUAAUGAGACCAGUUUAUCCUUGAGCAAGAUGGUAGAAGAGAAAGACAAAUUACAUCAAGCUUACAAUGAAGAAAUGAGGAAGAUGCAGUGCAUUGCCCGUGAUCACUCUCGUAGGAUUAUUAUUGAGAAUGAAAGUCUGAAAUCUGAGUUAGAAAAUCAAAGGAGAGAGCUUGAAUGGCGGUGUAAAGAAUUAGAUAAGCGUGCUGCCCAUAGUGACAGUGAGAGGAGGAAACUCGUUGAAGAGAAGAAAAGGAAUGAUAUGAAAAACAGUUCUCUUCAAUUGGCAACUUUGGAGCAGAAAAAGGCUGAUGAGAAUGUCUUGAGGCUGGUAGAAGAGCAAAAGAGGGAAAAAGAAGCUGCUCUGAAUAAAAUACUUCAGUUGGAAAAGAAAUUGGACCAGAAACAGGCAUUGGAGUUGGAAAUUGAGCAACUGAAAGGGAAGCUACAAGUAAUGAAGCAUAUGGAAGAAGGCGACGAUGUGGCUAAGAAGAAGAUGCUAGAAAUGAUGAAAGACCUGGAAGAGAAAGAAGGAGAAAUGGAAGACCUGGAAAGUCUCAAUCAGGCUCUUGUGGUCAAAGAACGUAAGAGCAAUGAUGAGCUGCAGGACGCACGAAAAGAACUAAUUACUGGUUUGAAAGAGAUGUUGAGUGGCCGUGCAUUGAUUGGCAUCAAAAGAAUGGGCGAGCUUGAUGAAAAACCAUUCCAGGCGGCUUGUUCACUGAAGUUUUCAGGAGAAGAAGCACAAAUUAAAACGAUGGAGUUAUGUUCCCUAUGGGAAGACUAUAUAAAAAAUCCUGCAUGGCAUCCUUACAAGGUGGUCUCAGUUGGAGAUAAGCAGGAGGAAAUAAUAGAUGAGGAUGAUGAAAAGUUAAAGGAACUAAAGAAUGAGUGGGGUGAUGAGGUUUUCAAGUGUGUAGCUACAGCUUUGAUGGAGAUGAAUGAAUACAACCCUAGUGGGCGAUAUGCCAUACCGGAGCUAUGGAAUUUCAAAGAGGGAAGGAAGGCGACACUGAAAGAGGUGGUCCAAUAUAUACUAAAGCAAUGGAAAACUCAUAAACGCAAGAGAUGACAAGAUGAAGAUAAAAGAGAAAGAUGGCGAUGAUGUUAAGAUGCAAGAACAAGGAAACAAGUGUACAUGGCUAUGGAACUUGACUAGAAAGUAGGUGGUAGGACAGUCGUCGAAAUAUGAAGAAGAUGAUGAAGAUCAGGUUGGUAUUAGUAUUUCCACAUUUCUAUUCAAGCACUAUCUAGUUAAUCAAAAACCUGUUUCCACCUGCAAGUACCUAGGCUUCUUGCUUCCUGUUUUCUAAUCUGUUGCAUGCAUCUGCCACUGUUGCUGAUUGUAAAAUAAGAGGUUUCCUGCUCUGUUUUUCUUA